UGUUUGUAAUACACUCUACCCUUGAGUUAUCAGUUCCUGCAGCGCUAAAGGGUCACAAAGAAUAGACAUUGACUCAACCUAAAACACUCUAUCAAUGAGUAACACAUAGGGAACACACUGCACACAAGAGAGGUAGAGAUAACCAAGGAUAAGAGACCAGUGUUCUGGGAUCCUACCUGUCACCCACAGGUGUGAUCACACAGGGUGCACAAUUUAACACCGACAAACUCAACAUGGUGAGACUGUCUUUAUUUGUUGUGGCGCGGUGAUGGAAGCCAUUAGCAUCAAGACCUCCUGUCUAGUCCCUCUGGUCAUUCUUCCCAUUCUCUCUCUGGCCAGAGUGACCACAUUUGACCAGUGCAACCAGUUCUUUCUGAAUGGAUUGAGCCCCACUGUCCUGACGGAUCCCAGCAACAGCGAUCGCUACCAGCAGAUAUGCCAGUGCCUCCUCGACCAGAACGGGAGUCCACAGUACUUCUACGCCACCCUGUAUGACACUCAGAACAAGAUACCCAUCUAUUCAGCGUAUAAUCUCAGCCACAUCAAUUUGAACAGGGAGGAUCGCUGGUAUGUUGAGCCACAGAUUGACGGUGGCCAGUUUGAGUGCAUGGGAGGGCAAAACCAGAUCCCCAUAGCCAACCGUGGGCAGAAGCAGGCUCUGAACAGAGACUAUGAUGGCUCUGGCUAUGACAAAGGCCACCUGUUCCCGGUGUUCCACACGUCCACCAAAGACGCCAUGCUGGCAACCUCCACCCUGACCAACGCCGCCCCACAGGACCCCACCUUUAACAGGGGCAGGUGGAGGGUCCACGAGGAAGAGCUGGUGGAGCUGGCUAAGGACUGCCUUCGAGCCUUCACAGUCACUGGAGUCGUGCCUGGGAACAGCCACAUCGGGGAUGGAGUGAGGGUGGCCAAGCACUACUGGAGCGCCCUCUGCUGUCUGAAAAAGGAAGGGCAUCUCUCUCGAGCGUUCAUAGGACCAGAUAAUAACGGGCAGGUUCAGGGAUUAAGUGUGAAGGACUUGGAAACACGGCUGAGUGGAUCAGACCAUUUCAACACUGUAUUUACUGUGUUCAGGGGUGGAUGUUGACCAUUGC